AUGGGCGACUCCUAUCGCCCAGGCGGGAGACCGCCGCCGCGGCACCACAAGCCCUAUAACGACUAUUAUGGACGGGACGACUAUGAUUCGCCCUCUCCGCCACCGCGGCGUAGUCCACCACGCACACGCAGCGGCUUGAUGGACAGCCACCGAUACCCCCCACCUCCGCAAUUCCCACCGCCCCGCCGCGACCCUCCACCACCAGGUCACGACGUCCGCAACAACGGCUACCAGUUCCGCGGCGCUGCUGCCGACAGCUACCGCUCGCAAGACCAGCAGCAGUUCAGCUUCAGAGUCGACCACGGCACUUCGGCUCCGCGCUUUUCCGACCAGCAGCCGCCGCCGCGGUCGAGGCCACCGCGCCGUAACAAUGAUCGCCAGGGCGGACGUCCACCAUACAAUCGUGACAACAAGCAAGGUGGCCCACGCAAGUUCGUUCCCAAGCCUGCACAUUCCCGUGCCAUCUUGAAGCAUACCGACCGCGAGCCCACGCCAGAACAGCUGGCUGGGAUGGAGGUUGAUGAUCACCCGCGCUUUGCUGGGGUGGUAUCCAGCGAUGAAGACGAUGCAGCCUCGACUGGUGAACGCCCUGGAGACGACAACGAAGGCCCACGGAAACGCACCAGGAUCGCAACCGAAGAACCCACCAACCGUCCACAGUGGUCCAACCCCGACCCGUACAGUGUUCUACCGCCGACUGACUUGGGCAUCGGACCUAAGAAGGACAUCGUGCAGACGAUUCGCAAGGCGAAGAUGGACGUUGCUGCCAACCAGUCGAAGUCACAUAAUGCUGUCAAAGAGAACGCUGAUUACAUUUCCUUUGACUUUGGCGAUGACGGCAAGAGUGACGACGCCGAAUCAGGCGAAAUUGAUGAGGAUGCGAGCGUUGGAAGAGCACCUUCCCCGCCAGCUCUGCCUCCAGCGCCUCUGCCAUACCAACCUACAGAGGAAGACGCCAUGCGAGCACUGACGGGCGAAGCGGAGCGUUACGGCAGCAUCGGUGGUGGUGCUGGCUCGAAGCGAAAGCGUGGAUUCGAGACCGUGAGUAGGGGUCUCGUCACAGAGUGGGCUGGCAAUAAUCAACAUCCCAUCUCGACGCCCUGGUAUCGACACCAUCCGCGACUUGCAUCUAGCGACGGCUUGCAGUAGGUUCAAGUGAUCCUCAGUGAUUGGAUCACGCGCUAAUCAAUGACGCAGUAAGCUGGAGAAGGAGAUCUUAGAUUUCUACGACUACGUGACGCCUUUCGAGCACGAAAGCGACCUUCGGUGUGAGCUCGUCGACCGCAUCCAAAUGACCUUGAAGAAGUUUCCUCAAAAUUACACAAAAGAUGUCGACGUGCUGUCCUUUGGCUCGUUCGCGGCCGGACUAUACCUCCCAACGGCUGAUAUGGAUCUGGUCGCUGUCUCGGCGCCUUUUCAGAAUACCGGCCGCAAGACCUUCUGUCAGAACAAAAACCAUGUGCACAGCCUGAGGCACUAUCUUGUCAAGAGCGGACUCUGCAAGGGUGGCGAGGCGGUCGCUAUCGUCAAAGCGAGAGUGCCCAUCAUCAAGUUUGCCGACAAGUUGACCGGUAUCAAGGUGGAUAUCUCUUUCGAGAAUGAUUCGGGUCUUCAAGCAAACAGCACCUUUCAGCUGUGGAAGCGCCAAUACCCCGAGAUGCCGGUGCUCGUCAUGCUUCUCAAGCAAUUUCUUAUGAUGCGCGGUCUCAGCGAAGUCUUCAAUGGUGGCAUUGGAGGCUUUACCACCAUCUGCUUGGUAGUAAGCAUGCUGCGAGACUUAGGCCCGCGGGCCGGAAGCAUGAAUCUCGCCGAGCUCUUCCUCAACUUCCUGGAGUUCUAUGGCCUCCGAUUCGACGUUACGAGAAUGGCCAUCAGCAUGGCCCAUCCUGCUGGCAUCUAUGACAAGCUGCUCGAGCCCGACAAAUUCCCCGCCAAGAUAACACACAACCGUCUGACGAUCAUCGACCCAAAUAACAUCUACAACGACCUAUCUGGCGGCUCGAGGGAGAUUGACACCAUCUUGCGUUGCUUCGGCGAUGCGUACACACUGCUCCGAAAGCGACUGGAACAGAUCCGUCAGGACCCAAAUGACAACAGCAGCAUUUUGGGAUGUAUCCUGGCGGGCAAUUACGCUUCUUUUGACAAGGCUCGUGCGGAUCUCCUUCGGGUGAACCGCGGUCGGUCUUCGAAUCGUAUGCCUCAGAUCCUACCAUCGACACUCGCAACUCCAGAUGCUGCCAACGCCCACGACGCUGCUGCCUAUUCAGCACCUACUAAUUACCGAUCGAUGCCACCCCCAGCGCAGUACCCGGCUCCACAUCCGUACGAGCAGCGGGCCUACCCGCCUCCGACUUCUCGCGGCCAGCAUUACAGCCCAAUGCACUAUGCUAACUCUUCCACUAACCAAACGCUCAAUACUUACCCGAUGCCAACCCAGUCGACGGUGCAGCCACGGACACCGCACCCACUUCCGCCAGUGCCGCCAGCUCCAGCGCAGCAAAUCGCAUCCUCAGCAUCGGCACCAUCAGGACAAAUGUACGGUUACUACCCAUACUACCCAUGGGCUUGGCAGAUGGUCGGGGUGACCCCGGAGGACGUCCCGCCACCUCCGCCGUCACCCCCUCCACCGCCACCGCCACCGCCCCCACCCGAACAUGACUGGUCGGAACGCAUGAAGCCGAAAUAUCCGUACAUGCGUUCUGCUUAG